UAACUCUGCAGUCUGUGGUAAAAAUUCUUUAGUCUCUGAUUUUUGACAGCCCAAGUGGAAAGAGAUUCAGUGCCGAAAAUGUACAAAUUUACCAACCAUUUAACAAAUGCCCACUUGGUUUUGGUCAGAAAACAAGUGGGCGACGGAUCAUGCGCGGCCCUAAUCGUGAUGCGGGCGCCGCGCCGCUUCGCGCACUACGACAACAAGUGCCCCCCCACGCCGCCGGCCCCCCCGAAGUCCCGCAAGAUCCUGUGGGGCACCAUCGGGGCUACGGUGCUUACGGGAGCUGCAGUUGUAUAUGCCAAGAGCAGUCCAGACGCCCGUAACUGGCUGGAGUCAAACGUCCCUUGGGCUAACGACUUCGUGGCACUCGUGUACCAGGAAAACACCACCUACUGGAAAUUCACCGUCAACCAGUUCAAUAGAGCCACCACUUGGGUCGGCAACUUUAUGUUUGGAAAGGAGGGAGUCAGUCCACUGGACUUCAAACAACAAUCUGAACAGAACAUAGAAGAGGAUGCAAUUAAAGAACUAGCUAAGAAACCCUAUCAGUUGCCACCGCCGAAGUUUGAACCGCUUUACAUAGAAGAGAAGAAGAUCGAAACGCCUGAGGUUGAGACUCCCGCCACCCUCAUCCAAACUGAAAAGUGUGACCCCCAAACGCCUCCCCCAGUGAAGAUCACAAAAGACAUGGUGGAGUUAGAACACGAUAUGCAUGAAAACACCAAGAUAGCUGUCGACAGCUUCAAGGCAGCUACUAACUUCUGUACGGAGUAUAACAAGGCGCUGUUUAAGAUCGUAGAGUCUUCGCUGGACGACCUCGACAAGAAGCACUACAUGUCUGUCCACGGCUCGAAGGAGGCGCGCGACAAGGCUGCCUCCAAAGCCAAGGAGGCCGCCGCCAAGGCCAAGUGCGCUAUCGACACCCUAGACCGCAUGAUCAAAGCAGGCGUCCAAGCGCCACCAGAAAGCGUUGCAGCCACGCUGCGUUACAUCAAACAGUUCCGUGGUGACCUCACCGCGGCCGAGUCCACCUACAAGAAGGAACUGGACCAGUGUGUGCUGAGUGACAAAUACUGGAACAAGUUUCGUGGUGACCUCACCGCGGCCGAGUCCACCUACAAGAAGGAACUGGACCAGUGUGUGCUGAAGCGAGCCAAAGCCGAGGCGGAGGCUCGUCGCUCGCAGUCUCUGUGGGCGGCCGGUGAAGCCUUACUAGCGGCCACGCGCCGCGGCGUCCCUGAAACUAAUAUCGACAACGAGUUGAAAGCCCUAGAGAAGGCUGCCAAAGCCGAGGCGGAGGCUCGUCGCUCGCAGUCUCUGUGGGCGGCCGGUGAAGCCUUACUAGCGGCCACGCGCCGCGGCGUCCCUGAAACUAGCAUCGACAACGAGUUGAAAGCCCUAGAGAAGGCUGGCAAGGACGACAGACUGGUGCAGACAGUGCUAAAAGGCAUACCGACUGAAGUGCGCGAAAAGGGCAUCGCGACUGAAAAAUCCUUGCGAGAGAGGUUUGACACGAUGGAGAAGACAGCGGUGAAAGUGGCCUUAGUAGGGCGUGAAGGUGCGACCCUACCGGUGUACUUCCUGUCGUGGCUGCAGUCUAAACUGCUAUUCCAAAAGAUAACGGAAAUUCCCGAAGAUGAGUUGGACAACAAACCCACGGAUUUCACGAAAUUGGACACGUUUGACAUCAUCCAGCGGGCAAGGUUCCACAUGAACCACGGCAACCUAGGCGCGGCGCUACGCUACGUGAACCUCCUCCAGGGAGCCCCACGGGCCGCAGCCAGGCCUUGGGUAGACGCCGCCCGGACGCACCUCGAGAUCCGUCAGGCCGCAGAGGCUGUAAUGGCCCACGCCUCAGCCUGUGGCCUGUUAUACCUGUAAGGGAACGACGUGAGUGGAUUUCUUUAGACGAUGGUUGUCUGACAGGCUUUUUCGGUACAGAUUGCACAUCAAGUGGAUGUUAUUUGGUUGUAAUAAGAGCGAUUUUGCAACAAAAUUGUGCAGUCUGAUGUGCUGUUUUGAUUUUGAAAGUUAGAGGCGCCACUAGCACAAGCAAAUAGUCAACCGUG